UCCAACGUGAUGCAUUCCCUCGUCACAAUAUAUGUGCUGAUCUUAUUUUUUUUUAAUUUAUUUGGGAUUUCUCUUCAAGAUAAUACAACUAUUGCCGAAACUACCCCAGCUACACCACCUGCAAAGGAUCCGGAUACUGCACCACCUGCACAGGAUCCGGAUACUGCAAAACCAGAGAUUUCCAAAGAAUCUCCCUCUUCCAAAUGCAAGUCCACGGAGAUUCUGUCUGAGAAUGGCUGCGUGGAUCGUGAGUAUUUUCUAGACAAAAUAAUUAUGAGAUCCUGGAAGGACGAAGGCUUUGGAAGAGCAAAAGCAAUAGCAGGUCUGGUGGAUGUUGGGCAGUGCAAGAGCGACGAGGUGAGGACACCCUAUGGAUGUGCAAAGCCACCACUUUCACCGCACAGGGAUUCAAAUCGGGUAAAUGUGGAUCACAAAAGUAUGAGCCAAGCGUAUAAGGCUUUCUUCAGGCGUACUGGCCACCAAGAAAAUGUUAACGAAGUCAGGGAAAAGAGAACCCCGUACUCUGGACCUCCUGUUUCGGGACAUAAUCGUCCCCGGAAGAACUACAUAAUGCCAGGAAGGUUGUUACGGACCUUUCGCCAAUGCCGACCCUACGAAACCCUCGGAAAAGAUGGUGAAUGCCAUCGAAAGAAGGGUAAAGAUGGCCAUUACAAGCAUACGAAUCACGUUUAUGGAUUACAAAAGAGGCACCGACAUGAGGCAUAUAAGGGAAACGCCCAGAAUAAUGAAGUCUAAUAAAGAACAUGUUACCAAAAAUAAA